CGUCCUGGACGACUCGACACGACGAUCAGGUGUUUUCUUCGACCUCUCUGUUGUUUUCUCGGUUGUUUCGCACGCGGGGCUUUGCCCCCGGCACCGCGACGCUCGCUUCCUUCCGCGCGUGUGGAACAGUGGAGUGUGCGCGUACACUGGCGCGGCGACGCUCAGGGCGCGCGUCAACAGCACCGCCCUGAUUCCGUUCUCCACUGACCAUGCAGCGGAGACGACCACACGAGCAGGGCACCUUCUUGCGGAGGCGGCGUCGUGAGGCAAGCCGUGCCUUGGCGCUGCUGGUGUGCCUGGUGCUUGCACAAAAGGCGCAGGCGUUGCCCAUCGUGGACCGAUUUGUGCAGAACGUCUUCGAGCCCGACCGCCUGAACCGCUGGUUCACCCUCUGGGAAAAGGUUAUCCACCUGGCCCGCUUUCACGUCCACAAUAUACCUAGGAUCAUCAUGAUGCCUUUCUCCAACAUCCACACGAUGCACGGUCGGGCCAAGGAUAUUCGCCGAGGUCUCAGCGACCUGCCCCUGAGAAGUAUUUUAGGUCGCGUCCAGGCUUUCACAGGCUUCGCUGGUGACGGAGGGGGCACGGUCACAGGUCGGAACGACUACGCGACCGAGUCACCGGCAUCCGUCAAGAAAGCCGCCCAGAGCCUGACGCCUCAACCAUCAGUCGUGCGCGCCAAGCAGUAGUUGGACAACGGGCAAACAUCGGGCUGCGUAUUCAACUCAGAGGGAGUCCGCGGCAUCUGACACGACGAAGGUUGGCGAUAUCCUUCAACCCGGCUGCACAUGCAUAGCUCCCCAACUCGCAUGCUCGACAGUUACCUGAGGAGAGUCUUACCUCCACUUGGGCAUUCGUCAGUCAACAAGACCGCACGCGCCACAUCCAUCGCCGCGCUGUCCAUCGGUUCACGUGUUUCAAGAAAGUGGUUUUAUAUUUUCAACAUUUGAGAGUUCAUCGAUAUCCAGUCAGCAUGUCGAACGUUAAAAUUGUCUAAUACGUUUGUGAUUAUCGACAAAAGGGGGACAAGGCGCCAGUGAUCGGAGAGGGUCAAAUAAUAAAUUUACCUAGCAUUUCUUAUUUCUUCUUUUCACAUUCAACCUCGCAGGCAUCAUCUUAUCAGAAAACGAAAAAGGAAUGACAGCAACACACGUUCCACUCCGGGUAUAAAGUUUGAAGCACGCUUCACGAAUUCAUUGUGCACAUUGGAACCCUCAGUCUAACAUCUGUCACAGCAAA